UGAAAAUGUCUAUUUGCGAGUUACCACUUUCCAGAAAGAUUAUAUAUAUUCGAGGAAAGGAAACCGCGUGUAAGUAUCGCUUUUGAUUACUGAUUUGGUUAAGUUAACCGCCUCCAUAAGUGGGUGCAGUUGUAAUCGGUGUCGAUUGGCCGAUUUCGAACUAUGGUGGAACAAGGGGAGGAGAGGCAUGCGGCGGCGGCGGCUGGAACUGCGUAUCGGAAGUUCAAUGGAAAAGAUGAAUUUUCGUCCAACAUGUUUCACGGGAUAUUAGCUAUUGCGCUGUGGAUGGGGUCUUUGCAAUUCAACUUCUUUUUGCUUCUUUUCUCCUUUCUCUUCAUUCCUUUUUCCAAAUUCCUCAUGGUGGUUGGAUUUCUGCUGGUGUUCAUGGUUCUUCCUGCCGACCCUCAUAGUAAAUUUGGCCGGCGCCUGGCUAGGUAUAUAUCUAAGCAUCUCUGCAGUUAUUUUCCCAUCACUCUCCAUGUUGAGGACAUCCAUGCCUUCAAUUCUGAUCGUGCUUAUGUUUUUGGUUACGAGCCACAUUCGGUUUUUCCAAUCGGAGUCGUCACACUCUCUGAACUCACUGGUUUUAUGCCUCUGCCGAAAAUGAAAACCCUUGCUAGCAGCGCUGGAUUCAAUACCCCGUUUUUGAGGCAUAUAUGGACAUGGUUGGGUGUCGCACCAGCGUCAAGGAAGAAAUUCUGUUCCCUGUUGGAAGCUGGUUAUAGUUGUAUUGUGGUGCCUGGUGGAGUGCAGGAGAUGGCUCACUUGGAGCAUGGUUAUGAGAUCGCCUUCCUUAACGCACGGAAAGGAUUUGUUCGACUAGCCAUCGAAACGGGGUGUCCACUGGUCCCGGUUUUUUGUUUUGGUCAGUCAUAUGUCUAUGACUGGUGGAAACCAGGUGGGAAGCUCUACCUUCAACUUUCCCGAGCUCUCAAGUUCGCUCCGAUCUUAUUUUGGGGAAUUUUCGGAACUUAUUUGCCCUAUCAACGUCCCAUGCAUGUGGUGGUGGGCAAACCGAUCGAGUUUAAGAGGGAUCCGAAACCUUCCGCCGAAGAGGUCCAGGAAGUUCAUGACCAAUUUGUUAAAGCACUCCAAGAUCUGUUUGAGAGACACAAAGCUGGGGUCGGAUAUGCUGAUCUUCAAUUAAGGAUCCUUUGAUUUGAACCAAGUUCAUCGGUUCCUUUUAGCGAAUCAUGUAGGGUUAUUUGCAAUAUAAUUUAAUACAAAUAAUUUUGUGGUACCAACAUUAUCCCAUUAGGGUAAAUGAACCAGUUCCAUGUUAUAUUUUUAUAAAAAUAAGCCUUAAUGCA